CGCUCACACAGUCAUACUUACCUCGCAACUGACCUUGUCAAAGUUGUUGCUGCCUACAUAUGCCCUGUUAAACCUUUUUGAUUUGCGAGGACGUUGGGCGUCCCUUUACACCCAACAUCGUCCGGAGCUUACCAGACGGACCAUGGCAGAAGACGGCUCGCACCUUCCAGACAUUGCCGUCUCCCGCGCUUCAUCUGAAUCCAGAGCAAGCAGCAGACGAAGCUUGAGGAUUCCCAUCCGUGGGAGGACGCCUCCGCCGCCUGUUGUGACAACUGCCAACGGCCAGCCGAAUGGUGCAUUCUGGCGCUUCAACAAGAAGACAGAAAGUUGGAAGCAUCGCACAUCCAGUCCAGACUUGGGAUGGCGGAUCAAGUGGACCCACGAUUGCUUCCACAAUGGACGUGUCUUGAUCAUCGAUUACAUCAGCAGUCUCGGGUCACAGAGCCUGAGCCCCACUGGGAAGCAUCAUGUAGCAGUGGCCGCCCAGGAAAUUCAAGAUCUGCGAGGUCUGCAAGGCUUCUAUGCCGACCAAGCCAGUGCGCAUAGCGUUGCCUUACGAGUCAUUCACGUCCAGAAUGCGAAAUGGGCGACCAACUUUCUCCUGGAGAAGUUCAACAUAGAUCACCCAGAUCCGAUAGUAGGGAUGCGGAGCUUUACGGAUUGGGCACGCUUCGAAAAGCCACGCCAACGUAACGGCAAACCCUUCCCAAACGGUCGUGCCUUUCGCGAGCAGACGGACCCAUGGCGGAACGUGUCACGAACAGCGUUUGGACUUGACUAUCUAAAGGUCUUUCCGACACCGCCUCCUACGAAGCGAAGACGGCGGAGAGCGGACCUUCGCCCUGCUGAGGCUCGGAUGAUGCAUCUGAACUCCUACGAGGACGGUAACAAUCCCGACGGAUCCGAUGUCUCGGUACAGCGUCUGUCUGUCUAUGUACAGCGCUCGCUGGGCGCCCCUGCUCGUGUCAGUCCAGACAUCGCAAUGAAGAAUCCAUAUGCUAAGACUAGCCCGGCGACUCCGGCAGAAGACAAGGUAGACCCUCACAAGGUGAACGUGGAAAGCCUGGACAAUACCAACACGGUGAUUGUGUUCGAGACUUCUGCUUCGCUGCAGCUGGACGAUUGCCUGAUCCAGCCACGCAACGAUUUUGAGAAGCGCUGGCGACGCUUGUCUUUUUACCUCCGGCGCGAAGAGGUCAUGAAUGAUGCUCGGCUCGCCGCUGAAUGUACCAAUAUGAUUUUGACCGACAUCUUCCGUGGCCUUGCUGGCGUAUGGACGGAAUUUCUUGAAGCCGGCGAGGAGCAUACUACCAUCCUCGAGGACAAGAUCUACGAGCGACCCGCGGACGAAAGCCGAGCUCCCGAGCUCUGGACUAACCAGGCCGCUUGGAUGAAAGUUGAGAAGUUGAUCUCGCUUCAUCAGGACCUGGUGAGGGAGGUGCAGAACAACCUGAAAGAGCUGGCUGAGCUGGACGAGCAGGAGCUACCAGUCCCAGAGCCCGACUGGCUCGCUGGAAUACCUGAUGAGUUUGGGAAGAUCAGUCAUACGGUGCAAGAGGACCUUGUGCAGCCUACUGCAAACCUGUCUGAUCUGAUGUACAAGUCGGUCGGCAUUCGCGACUCACGACAGUCGUUACAGCUUGGCCUUAGCAUGUGGCGGCUGAGUUGGAUUUCGUUCAUCUUCCUACCUUUGACAUUCAUGGUGAGCUUCUUUGCGUUGCCCAUCUCCUGGUUCCAUGACGGAAUGUCACCGGCCUGGUGGUUCGUGUCUGCUAUCAUUAUGAUGGCUCUUGUAUUGGUGCUCUGGUAUAUGGUCAAGCAUGCAUUGCAACGUGGCAGACGGACGCCCUAUCAGCGCGGGGUGUAUGAACGACUGUUCGGUGAGCUAGAGGACGAGUACCCCUCCGCCUGGACCCGUUUGGGAGCCGAUAAUGACUUCCAGCCGGUCGGCACCAUCAAUAAAUUGAAGUGGCGGCUGCUGAAACACUGGUUCGUGCCCGAGAAAACUGUCCAUAAGAAGUUGUACAGCUCCUUGAUUGCGGACGGCGAUGAUGCCGAUUUGGGUCUUCUGGAUCGCUUCAAGCGCUCGUUACUCAUACGAUGGCUGCCUCAUGUACUGGGUGAACACCGUCCGAGCGAUCCCUUUGACGGUGAGACAGGAGGCCGACGCCUUUCACUGCAUUCAGUUCACAGCGGCGAGCCGUCAGCGAUGCUUGAGCUGGCCAAGAUGUCGACCUCGGUCGCUAUGGCGGAAGCCGAGCCGGCUGCUGCCCGACACCUUUCUACCUAUGGCUUACAUCCGCUAGGCAUCUCUGAGCGGAGGAGUAGUGGUGGGACACCGAGACGUAGCAGCGAGGAGAGGCCGGGUAGUCGUGGAAGCAGCGGGGUUAUGAUUGAAGAGCGCAACUUGAGUGACUCUGAAAGCGACACUGGAGAGGGCGCUGGUGAACACUUUGGUAGCACUGGCACUGGCGUGAUGCAGGGUGCACGUUGAGAACGGCCGAAUGUGGGCUCCUUUGUUUCUUGCACCUGACUCGCGCUGUUAUAUUCGUUGCGCUCACCGAGCAUGUCGAUGGUUUCUCUUCAAGGGUUCGCACACUUUUGGUGAGGCACUCUUUCGGGUGACCUUCUAUCGGCAUCUUAA